UAAAAACAUAAAUGAGUACGAUUGAUUUAAUGCUUUGCCUUCGGAGAACGAAUGUGGAUAGUGAUUGACUGUAGAAUCUAGAUGACCUUAUCUAGAUGAACUAAUUUUGAUCAAAAAGCCUAUUGUUACACACAUUUUAUACACACACAUACACACUAUAUAAAUACUCCUUAAAAAAAUUUACCCCCCUUCCUCUUCCCAAUCACACGUACCUAGCUAAAAAAAUCCCAAAUCCAAUUUAACCCCCCCCUGUGCGCAUCCCUUCCUCCCGCCAUUGACGAUUCCGCUCCCUUCCCUUCAUCCCUGCAACCGGCGAGCCUCUGCCAAGCCCUCACCGACCCGGCGGCGUUCGUCCCCCCACCCGGCGGCGUUCGUCCCCCCACCCGGCGGUGUACGUCUCUGAACGAAGGGGUCGAAGAAUAGCCGGUGCAACAGGCGGUGAAACGAGCGUUCUUCCCCAGCCAGUCGUCCCGUGCAACCAGCACUGCUUAAUUGACAAAGAAUGGUGCGAACCCCACUUUUUGCAUUGGCCGAAAGAUCCGGUGUUUGCGGCGUGAUGGUAAUGGCCUUUGCCGAGUCACAGAUGCAGAACUUGCCAUUGCAGCCCGAGUGUGCAUAUGAGAACAUGGCAGCGAAAAGAUGUGAAUUCGCAAUGAGGCACUGAACUUUGAGGAAGCGAUCCACUUAGACUACUUUGGGACUCCAUGUUUAGUGUUGGAUGUGUUUAGUUGUUAAAUGUAGGAGGUUGUACAAUCACUAUCCAAGGAAACCCUAGACUUCAAUCGACUGAUGUCAAUUGUGCUCAUCCCCUCCACACCUCCAACGAAGAAGAAGAGGAUGGCUAUUGGAGCACAGUAAGUCACAGAAGACGGCUCUACAAUCACUAUCCAAGGAAACGUAUCUCAGACUACACAGAUACAGCCCGGUUAGUUGAUAAUCAGAAUCGUUUCAUUUUACUUGAAUCUGAAGACGACGAUGCCUUUUAUCCCCUGCCCACACAAGAGUGUAACCAAGAACAGGAACAUCAAUAUAAUCGAUUCAAAAAGACCUACAGGCACAAAGACGAACACAAUCGUCGUUUUGUGGUUCGCCGCAGGUCUGAGCACCGGAAUCGAUUAAGCCCUGACGCAGUGCUCGGCAAAGGAUGCUUAAGUAGAGGAAUCGUAGCCAUGGAGAGGUCUGUCCCAGAACCACCAUCGCCAAAUCUCUCACCUGCGCCGGGAAUCUUAGCCGUAAUCGGACAAGCUGAUAAGGCACCGGCUACUUCGGUAGGACCAGUUACGCAAGAAGCCAAUCUGGGACGAUUAAAUGCGGAACACACCCAGACUAAUACUGCCAAGCUGCAGCUCACAUGGUUUGAUAAGGCACCCAGCGCUAACAGAGUUACAGAGAACAGGAUGGACCCAAGUACCUCCUCACCUGCAACUCACACAUGGGCUGAUCUACUGAGGGGUGACAAGGAUAAAAACGCACGGGCCCAAACAGCACCCCUCCUCUCAGCUGCAAGAGAGACUCGGUCUAAUAAUAACAUUACUCAUAUUAAUGAUAUUAUUUUUCCAUAUACAGAUGGUCUCCAAUUAGAACCUGCAACCAAUUUAGAGGAGGCAGACAAGUUCUACUUUUAUGGAGAAGAAGGAUUUGACUCUAUCAUAAUAGAAUCUAAAGUCUUCAGGUUUGGAAUCAGAAAUAAUGAAAUUGCAAUUUUUGAGAUCAAGAAGUCGCAGCUGCACAAGAUUAGUUUUAAUCUAGAAUUGGCUCCUCAAAUCAUCCGUUAUAUUUAUCAGCUCACAGGACAGCGACAACUAAAGAGAUUUGGGUCUAUCUCGGUCUAUUCAAAUUUUAAUAAAGCUGGAGGCUUCAUAAAGAUUGCCAAAGAAAAAGGAACUUUCAUUUUAAUUCCAGCGGGCCCACAAAAAGCAAGACUGCACGAAUUUCUAGGAGUCUUUUCUAAUUUCGUGGGAAUUUUUGAUUUAGUGCAGGAGGAACCUAUGCACCAGUUACAAGAAGUCACAGGGUUUACAGAGGAGCCAACAUCAAUAUCUAAGCUUAUUUUUGAUUCCCAAAUUCGGGGAGCCUUUCCAAAGCAACAAUGGUCUCCAACUCUAGUGGAACAUCCCAGGCUUGUUGAGGCAUACUCGGACGCAUCAGACAACUUUUAUCAAUCAGAUGACUCAUUUUAUAUGGACGACUUUCUGGGUCAUGCAACUGAAAGCGAUCGUCGUCCCCCUAUCUCAACACCGACAGAAAUCGGAAAAUCAAAAUUCAACAGAGCGAUUUGCACAAAAUCAAAGUUUGUUACCUCUGAGAAUUGCCUUCCAACGGAAAACCUGAAUACGCAACUGAAAAUCUACAGGAAAUCCCAAAAGAAUAAAAGGCGGCACAGCAUGACAACUAGGUCUCAGACUAGAGAAUUUCCGUGGGUGUAGUUUUUUUUAAGGCUUUCUUUCUCUAUAUUGUUUUUUUCCUUUUAUUUCCUCUUCGCAUUGUACUGUUUAUUCAUUUCAAUAAAAUUCCCUUUUCUUAAAAAAAAAAAAAAAAAAAAAAAAAAAAAAAAAAAAAAAAAAAAAAAGAAAAAAAAAAAAAAAAAAAAAAAAAAAAAAAAAAAUACAAGAUGUUGAUCUGGUACAUAUAGUUUAGAAUUGUAAACACAAAAGGUUUAUUUUAGUGUAGUGAUAAUCGUUUUUUUAAUUAAGUGUCUUCAAUGUGCAGUUCUUCUUUCCUAUUGUGCAACCACAACAUUGUUAUGUUGUGGUUUUGAACAUGAAAAAACAGCAGGUCGAGGUGUUGGAUAACUCUGCCGAUGAGAUUGACUUUGAGGAAAAGUAUGGUGAGAUGCCACACACCCUGAGGGACAUGUUCGUUGACUUCUUGACCGAAUUGGGAAUGGAUAAUGACCGCAACACAUUUUAUGAACCGAAGCUGACAAGAUUGAAGAUGAGGUGGAGGGAACUGAACAAUGUGUAUGACUACGGUGUUUGGAGCAUGAGACACAUGGAGACGUACAUGGGCGAAGGGACUGUAAGAUGGAAAUGUGGAUUGAAGAAAGGCGAUACAAAGGCGCUGAGUGCAUUAAGAUCAAAAUAUUGUGCAGCACUUUUGACAUCUGAGAUUAAUGAGGUCAAGGACAACCACUUGAAUGCCGUGAAGGAGGUUGGGAAGGCACGUAAUAUGAUGAAGUAGGAAUGAAAUAACAAUGUCACAAUCUAAAUUUACUAUUUAUGUUGCAAGGAUUUACAAUCAUUUGUCGUUUUAAAAGGUGCACUAAAUUGCACCUCUAUUCUGUGGUUUCUAUCACAUGAAAUAGGUUCUUAUGCUAAACUAUGAAUUUCAUUUUGUUAUUUAUGAAGACAAAAAAAAAAAAAAAAAAAAAAAAAAAAAAAAAAAAAAAAAAAAAAAAAAAAAAAAAAAAAAAAAAAAAAAAAAAAUAAAAAAAUAAAAAAAAAAAAAAAAAAAAAAAAAUGUAGGAGG